AUGAUCACGCUGGACCAGCCAACCCAGAGAGUCUUCUCUACGGGGGUGGCAUUCAUCGUCCUGACGUUCGUUUUUGUAGCAUUGCGCCUUUUUCUCCGCGCGCGAGCCAAGCAGCUCUCGUUCCUAUCCGAUGGCCUAUGCCUUGCAUCGUUCGUUCUUUUCUGUGCCUUUGUGGGGUUGAUGUUGGAGUAUAUCGUCAACAAUGGGAAGAGCGAUCCUUUCAAGCCAUCAACGCCCACCGAUUUAGCCAAAUUCUUGAAGAUCCUAUACGUAGAACAAGUGCUCUUCACUUUCGACAUUUCGUUGGUGAAGCUAAGCCUAUUGGCCCUGUACUGGAACGUCUUUGGAGUUCACAGCAAAACGAAAAUAGUCAUCGUGACCGUCACUGCUGGCUGCGUCAUCUGGUGCCUCGUCUUCACCUUCUUGGCUGCUUUUAGAUGUCGCCCCGUUGGCUAUGCAUGGGUACCAGUCCCUCCUCCCGGUACCUGCAUGUCAAGACCAAGUGUCUAUCUUCCACUGGAGGCUACCAAUUUGUUCUUUGAUAUAGUUGUCUUAUGCAUUCCGGUCUUUACCAUUGGACAGCUAAACCUCUCGAGAGGCAAGAAAAUCCCUGUUAUUGGGAUAUUCGUCGUCGGCGUUUCAGUCUGUGUUGCUAGUAUUGGACGUCUCUUUGGAAUUGCGCAAGGAGGCGAUGGUGCCCAACUGUUCUUCUGGUCGUGCAUGCAACUAGGGCUGGCGAUUGUCUGCAGUUGCCUCCCUUUACUUGGUGCAGUAAUCCCGCGCAAGAAUAAAGCCAGUUCACGAUCGACGAGCGAGUAUAACUCGUUUCGCGGUAGAGGAGGCAAUGGAUCAGUCCUGAAACUCACCGAGAAUGAUAGCAGAACUGAUGGCCCCUGGAUGCGGUCCUCGACUGCGCAAAGACCAGAAAGAACACAAAGGUCAAGAGCUGAGGAAGGCGCAGACUCAGAUUACGCUCUGGAAUCACUGCCAUCAAAGAAUAGGGAACAUAAAGAAGUGUCAGUUGUAUAG